AUGUAUUCAGAGGACAUAAAACGUGAGUGUAGUAGUGAGAUAAAAAGUAAUGAAGUGUGUGCGGUGUCUAACAAAGAAGUGUACGAAAUAAAGCGGGCAGGUGCAAAGGUCGAGGCGGGCUCGAGUUCCGGACGAGGAUGGCGCGGGCGCGGAUGGUUGCCUGGCGCGGGAGCGGGGCGCAGGGCCGUGUCCAGCGCGCCGGGGCCGGCCGCGGCCGGCGGCCAGCACCGCGCGCCGCCCGCACAGCGCGGAGGGCGGUGCGGCCAGUGCGGCGGGGUGCACAAGAAGUACGACUGUCCGGCGUAUGGCAGGACCUGCAUGAAAUGUUCCAGGCCGAACCAUUACGCCAGGAUGUGCAGGGUGUACAUGGUGGAAGAGUCUGAUGAACAGGAUAGUGAGGGCUCCAGAUAGAUUGGGAGACUGGAUAUGACAACAUACCUACUUAAAUCGGUGCUCCAUCAAGGAUGUAGAAAAUUGGAUGUAUAAUAAACACAUAAAAUUGUAAAUAAAUAAUGAUACUUGCCUACUUACUACAUGUUACUUAACAUAUAAUAAAUUGUGAAUUAUUUAUUUGUUGCAUGAGUUAUUUAGCGUCAAUUAUAUCUACA